CAGGUCCUCUUUUCUUUUAGCGAGCUGACGACUUCUCCUCCCGCAAACCAUCGACUUCGAGCUUCAAAAGAAGGACUUGUUUUUUAUUCUAAUUGUUAUGUGUGAGAACAGUUUGAGGAUAAAAGAAUGGUUCAGUUGUUUUUGUCGAAGCCUAAUCGGGAAGAUGAUGGAGAUAUUGACUCUGCCAAACUGAUAAUAUCUCUUUUGAAUGAAUUGGAAUCUGUUAUCUGGUCUCUGAUAACUUCUGGAGGGCGGUCGGAGGCUCGACUAUGGCUUUGCAACACUAUAUCAGGUAUAAGUUCAAUCAGUGCUGACCAGCAACGUGAGCUAUUUGUGAAAUUGCUGAGGUCAAAGCGACUGAGUCGAGGUUUAGCCUCUCAACUUUUGCAAAUGAUAUUUGAGAAGAAGCCUUACAAAGCUGGCCGCGUCUUGGCCAAGAAAGGUUACGUGCUUGAGAAGUUCUUUGAAGGAAAUCCCACGCGCAUACUGCAAUGGUUUUCUAAUUUUUCUGAUGGUGGUGGAGGAUUGGGACACCAAAAAGGUGCAAAAGCACUAUCCCAAUUUGCUUUUGUUAAUCGAGAUAUUUGUUGGGAGGAGCUUGAGUGGAAGGGAAAACAUGGGCAAUCACCUGCAAUGGUUGCUACGAAGCCCCAUUACUUUCUAGAUUUGGAUGUCCAAAGGACAGUAGAAAAUUUCCUUGAAAAUGUGCCUGAAUUUUGGUCAUCCAAUGAGUUUGCGGAGUCGGUAAAAGAUGGUGAGAUCUUGUACAUUGAUACAAAAUUCUUUAUAGAAUUGUUUAUUAAUUUGAUGUAUAAAGAAGAUGCAAGAGAUGUAUGGGAAGUUAUAACUGAGUUUCUUGUAGAGGAAUCUUUCUCAUCCUUAUGUCACCGCCUUCUUAUUAUCCUUGAAGAGCAGGAAUUCUGCAUUUUCCUGGAGUUGCUGUGUAAAUAUAUUAACACAAGAAUGGAAGCUAAAGAUUUUGGUACCACAUCUUACUGGCUUGAGAUUAUACUUUCUAGGUGUAGUGAUUGUAAAUCUAUUGAUCGGCUACUUUUGUUAAAUUCUGUUAUCAAUCAAAGACGCCAACUUCUUGGGUUCUUACAUGAUGGUGAAUACCAGGAAGAACAAGCAAAAAUUAAAGAUAUCGUGCUACAGAUUAGCACAGCUUCUCUCAAAGUCAACAGUUUGUCUUCGAUUUUGAAGGAGUGCUUAAAGUUAAGUACCGCGGAAGCAAUUAAAAUAAUGGGACUUCAUUCUUGGGUCAUUUAUUCUAGGCUAUCCGAGGAAGACUGGACUCUGGAGUCUUGGGAAUCGUUAUUUGUGAGCAAUGGAAUACAGUCUCGCAAAUCUGAUAAAUAUGUAUUGCUAAAGCAUGAUGAAUUGUCAGAAGAAAGUGGGUCAGACUUGGAUAAUAGAACGUCAAAUAGAAGUAGGCACAAGAAGAAGAAAAAAAAUAGAAAGAAAAGGAGAAGGAAUUAUGAUGAUGAUGAAAGUUAUGACAACGAGUUGCUGGAUUUUGAUACCUCAGAUAGUGGGCGAAAUUUGCAAUCUAGGGCUAUUAGCUGGGUGCUCUCCACUGAUGGGUUUUCUGCAUCAUGGACUAGUGCGGAUUUACCGGAACACCUGUCAAAACAUUGCUUGGCUACAUGGAUGAAGUGGCUUGUUAACCAGUGGAGCAAUGUGGCUUAAUUUCCAGAUGGUUACUUUUAUCCAGUUUCAACUGACUGAUAAACUUCAAGAACUUUUAUGGAACUGGACUUAUUUGAUGGUGUGUAAACAGAUCAUCAGACUGCAGCUUCGUCUCAAACUCUCAAUAAAAUUUUGACAGCCGAGAAGGCUACACAUGCAACUUAAAUUUGAUCUGAU